GCUUUAUGUACUGCGGUAUGGAUCUCUAUCCCAUAAUAGACUGAGUCGGGGUUUGACAUUUUAAAAUCGAAUACGUACAGCAGUUCAACUCUGCUUAACUGAAAUACCCACUCCACCACCAUGUCCAUUGAAAGUCUUCUUUCAGAGAAUCGAGCUGAGUUGGAAUCUAUUGACAUCCAUUUGAACAAUACUUUCAUCACAAUUUCUAAGCAUUCCUUACUAGAGAAUGAACAAUUUAUAAGUAAUUUCCAUCAACCCAAGAGUCAUACUGAAGCCAAAGACACUAGAAGUAUAAAUCAAUUGAAUCAUCAAUAUGAGGAAUUAGAGUCGAACUUACAAGAUUUGAAUAGACUUCAAUCAACCUAUAAUCAUUAUCAAGAAAUUAAACAGUUGGUUGAUAAAGGCAACCAAUUGAAUCUAUUGGAUUUUCAACAAUUAUUUACUUUAUUUGAAGAUAGUAGUAAAUAUUAUAAGACUAUAGAAGAUGAUAUACUUAUUUACAAUAUUGUUCAUAAAUCUAUCGAUACAUUAUAUGAAACAUUUGUAGAAAUAUUAAACAAUUAUUUAUUAACAUUAUUACCUAAUGAAUUUACUAUUGAGAAUAUCAGUGGAUUACAAGAAUUCAAUAAAUUAUUAAUUAAGAAUAAUAAUAUUAAAUUGAAAAACUAUACAAUACUUCGAACCAAAUGGGAUCAAUUGGUUGAAUAUAUUCUUGUCAAUAAUCAUCAUUUAGAUUUGGAUGAUUCAAAUCUAGAUAUUGAUUUAGUAUCAAUAAAAUUAUCGACUAAUGAAAAUGAUAAACAAUUUAUUAAAUCAGUAUCAAACUUAAUUACAUUUCUUAACUAUGUAGGAAAUGAUUCCAUCAAGCAUUAUAUCAAUUCAAAAUUGAGUACAUUAUUUGUAAAUAAAUUAUCUAUUCAAAUUAGUUCCAUCAAUAAUGAUCCAUCUCAUAUAAGUGAAUUAAAUCAAUUACUAACGGUUAGUAGAUCAAGUGGAUGGAAUGUUCUUGUAGGAUUUCAAGAAGGUCAUAAAAUUGAAGACAAUUUGAAUAAAUUAUAUCAUGAUUGGAUAAUUGAUCAGUUCAUUGAUGAAUUAAGAAAAGUUUUUAAAGAUGAACAAUUAAUAAAGAAUAUAGACAAUGAACCUGAACCUGAACCUGAACAAGAAGAUGCAACAGGAAAAGCUUCAAAUUCUUCUGCUACAGAUGAUGAUGGAUGGAAUGACGAUGCUUGGAAUGAUGAUGGAUGGGAUGACGAUGACGAUGAUGAUACUAAUGGGAACAAAAACAAUAACAAUAAAGAAGAUACUGUUGGUAAGAAAGAUGGAGUUAAGAUCUCACAGUUAUCAGAUGAGAUCAUUAAUAUAAUCAAAGAAUUUGAAAGUCAGUCAACAGAUACAAAAUACUUGAUCAGUACGAUCAAAUCAUUAUCAUUGGUUCGGUAUCCACCUAUCAAUGAAUCCAUAUUAAUUUAUAAUGAUUUGAAUUACAUUAGUAAGAGUAUCAAUUCUGAUAAUUUAAAAAGAUUUACAGAAUCUAUCUGGAAUCAGAAUUUAGUUAAUAUCUAUCAACAAUUGAAAUUAGUAUUAAUAUCAUUAAAUUUAGAUAGUACUCUUGAAGAUGCUGGUAAUGAAGAUGAUCUCGAUGAUUAUAACCUCAACCAAUUGAGUCUUAUCUAUUCCAUCUUCAAUUCUUUAUACAAUGAUAGUGAUUAUAAACAGCUCAAUCCACCCAAAUUCAAUCAUUUAAUUAAAGAUAUCAUUGACUUUUUGAAUAAUUAUCUUGUAUCUAUAAUAUUAUCAUUAGAUGAUAUACCGGAAUAUCAAUCAGUAAAGCUUUGUAAAGUUAUUGAUUCAAUUAAUAAUAUUACUAUUCCAUUUAUAACUCAUGAACAAAAGGAAGAAAUCCUGUCAUAUCAUCGAUUAGAUAACUAUAAAUUCCUAAUUAAGAAUCAUUUACGAGAUAUUAUGGAUAGAUUUAAUGAUGCAGAAUUCUUUGAUUUAACUACAGAAGAAUUAGUUACCAUGAUUAAAAAAUUAUUUAUUCAAAGCACACUAAGGGAUGAUUACAUUGAAGAAAUCAUCGAAAUUAGAAACCUUACCUAAUCUAAUCCCAUCUAACAUAUAUAAUGUAUAUAU